AUGAAUUGUUCGUGUGUACAAAUAUUAUUCAUUCUUAUUUUUCUACAUGUCGACGGUAUUGAAGGACAACAAAAUAACACAACAUCUCCGACGAAUUCCACUAUAAAACCGGCUAAUGUUUCAAUAACAGUUUGUGGUGAAAAAACCAUGGAUACUAUAAAUGUUCCGUACUUUGACAGUAAUGAGACUCACAUCAACACCAAUAAAACGAGAAUGGAAUUAAAUAUCAUUGAAAGGACUGUCAACUGCCCAGAAGGGUUCAAAACCGUUGGUUUUGCCGAAGAAGACAUCGUUGGAUUCACGUACAACUCCUCUCUGAUUUAUUUGCAUGAACAAAGACUGAUACCACCAGAUCAAUACUGUGUCAAAGCAUCUAAAAGUGGUAAUAAAUUCAGGAUAUGUUAUAAAAUUGAUGCGAAUUUGACAAUGACAGCACAAGCUGAAAUUGUUAACAUAUACAUACCAUGUUUGUGUAUAUCAACAAUAUGUUACUUUGGAUCUGCGAUUAUAUAUUACUUCAUUCUGAAAGUUCAAGAUGAGCACAAGAAAUGUUUUGUUGGAUAUUCCGUUUCCAUGGGAGUAACAUUUGUGUUUUUGAUACUUCUACAGACAGUCAAUACAGGAUGUGAUAUAUUAGGCUCCUUAUUUUUUAUGUUUAUUUUUUCAUCUUUUGUUUGGUUAACAUGCCUGUGUGCGGAUCUCAAUUUCAUGAUUCUAAAUUUCAGAGGAGACAACAAAGUGAACCGAUUUUAUUUAUAUAUUUCUCUAGCCAUAUUGUAUCCAUGUGUCAUGAUACUCAUUUCUCUGCUGAUUACGCCUAGGGGUUCUCCAGAUGUUCCCAAUUCAUUCAUGAAGAACUACGUUAAUAAGAACAUGUGCCACUUCAAUGGUAACAAUCUUCCUAUGUUCUUUGUUCCUACUGGUCUGUUAGCCUCGUUAAGCAUACUGUCGUUGGCCUACAGUUUCUACAUGAUUAGGCAAAACGAAAAAACAUACAGAAAUAACUUCAACUGGUUAGAAAAACGGAGUGAAUUCAAAUACAUGUUUCGUUCAUGCUCUCUACUGAUGACUACGACAGCUAUCUGGAUUGUUGAUGUGUCGCUCAGAAGUACCACAAACUUCGGAAAUCCAUACAUAUUUGACAGCCUAGAGGCCACCCAAGGGAUAUUCGCAGUAGCAAUUUUUGUAUUCAAUAGAUACACUAGGAAAGAAAUUCGUCAGGCACUAUGCAAAACUGAGAAAAUCAAACCGCCACCAAUUCGUUUAGAAGAUUUGAUAAACAGAUUCAAAGAUGACACAAUAUCUGAUGAAGAAGACAAAAGUCCAGUAAUAUUAAAUAUCUAG